UUUGUACACCGGGUGCAGCGAAUUAGUUUCGGUGAAUGGUUCGUGUAAUUUGGCGUAAGAGAAGGGGUAUUUUAGUAACAUUAAGACGAAAAAUUCGAAAUCUGCGUGUCGCUCGAGCUCACUCUCUCGUGCUCUAAUGGCGUCGUCUUCUUCGCCGCUCCAAUCCCCUCUCUUCUCCCUCCUCUCCACUCCCGGCGUCGUCGUCCCCAAGCUCGAGCCCUCCGAGUUCAAUGGCGGCGGCGGAGACGGUGGCGGAGACGGCGGCGGCGAUGGCGAAAACCCUAGCCAGCUUCUCACCCCCGACCUCCUCCGCCGCCUCCUCGACGAGCUUUCCCCCGCCGCCGCCCGCGACGACGCGCUCCUCUCCGACUACCUUCUCCUCGCCAAGCUCAAGCUCGCCGCCGCUUCAGCGGCCACCUCCCCCGCCGCUGCCGUGGCGGCCACCCCCUCCCCCUCCUCCGUGAUCUCCUCCGUCGCCCUAGCGAACCCUAGCCCCAAGAACCGCCGCCGCUCCGGCGGCCUGGUCCGCGUCUCCCACCUCGGCGCCGCCGACCACGCCUACUUCCGCGUCCUCGUCCGCCGCGCGCGCCUCACCUACGACUCCCUCCGCUGCCUCUACGCUCGCCGCCGCAGCAUCCGGGACGAGACCGGCGGCGGCGGCGGCGGCGAGGGGGGGUCCCCAGGCCGCCGCCGGCGCCCCGACCUGAUCGCCGCGAAGACGAUGACCGAUCGCGGGCUGUGGCUCCACCGCGACCGCCGCAUCGUCGGCCCCAUCCCGGGGGUCGCCGUCGGGGACGUGUUCCUCUACCGCGCCGAGCUGUGCGUCCUCGGCGUGCACGGCGCCGUCCAGGCCGGCAUCGACUUCGUCCCCGCGUCCCAGGUCCCCGAGGGCGAGCCCAUCGCCGUGAGCAUCGUCUCCUCCGGGGGCUACCAGGACGACGAGGACGCCGCCGACGACGUCCUCGUCUACACCGGCAGCGGCGGCCGCGUCGGCCGCAACAGCGUGUGGCACUCCGCCGACCAGAAGCUCGAGCGCGGCAACCUCGCCCUCGAGCGGAGCAUGACCUACGGCAUCGAGCUCCGCGUCGUGCGCGCCCACCCCGCCGACGCCACCCCCACCGGCCGCGUCUACGUCUACGACGGCCUCUACAAGGUCGUCGACUGCGACCGCCAUGUCGGCCGAUCCGGGUGCCAUGUCUUCCGCUUCAAGCUCCUCCGCAUGCAGGGCCAAGAUGACUGCGGCCUUAAGAACCUCAAGCUCGCCGAGCACCUCAAGGCGCAGCUCGCCGCGGGGGCGAAGCCGGAGGGCUAUGCCAAGCGCGACAUCUCGCGCAAGCGGGAGCUCCUCCCCGUCCCGCUGUUCAACAACAUCGAUGAGGACGUCGAUCCUCGGCUGUUCGACUACGUCGCUCGCCCUGAUUUCCCUUCCCCUGCGGUGGCGCCGAGAGGCUGCAAAUGUGUCGCCGAUUGCUCGACCAAUUGCCUCUGCGAGAAAAGGAACAAGUGUGGGUUCGCUUAUAGCAACGGCGUCCUCCUGCGAGGGCGGCCGGUGAUCUUCGAGUGCGGAGAUUCGUGCAAGUGCCCGCCGACGUGCCCUAACCGUGUGGCGCAGAAGGGGAUGAGGCAUCAGUUGGAGGUGUUCAGGUCGAGAGACACGGGGUGGGGGGUCCGGUCUUUGGAUGUGAUUCAGGCCGGGUCUUUCGUUUGCGAGCUCAGCGGGGAGGUGCUCACAAGGGAGGAGGCUAAGUAUGUUUCUGCGGAGCACGCUACAUAUUUGAUCGAUCCCACCCGAUUCCCAGAAAGAUGGAGGGAAUGGGGUGAUGUUUCUGAGGCAAUCCCCGACCGCCCACCCCCGGAGUUUGCCAAUCGGCCCGAGCUGGGUUACUUUUUAGAUGUUUCGAGGAAGCGGAAUGUUGCCUGCUAUAUCAGCCACAGUAGUGUGCCAAAUGUGUUUGUGCAGUUUGUGCUCUAUGGUCAUGAUGCUGAAUCGUAUCCUCAUAUAAUGAUCUUUGCUAUGGAGAACAUUCCGCCUCUGCGGGAGCUGAGCAUCGACUAUGGGAUAGGGCAAGAAUGCGUCGGGAUGUUAGCUCAAUAGUGACACUAAAGUGUUCUUUGGUAGAACGUAGAUUUUUUUUUUUUUUUUUUUGAAUCAUUUUGAGAUGAACAACCAUAGGGUGAUUCCCUGUGGGAAGUAGAUUGUAGAUUUUGAAGGUAUUACAGAAGCCUUUUUUGACACUGUGCCUGUGGCAUCAGGGACUUCUUUGAUGUGAGAGUCGUAGGCAUACUUCUUCUGCUGCCAACACGAAAUUUAGCUCAAUCAUGACCGUUCAGAAUGGAACACCGAUGACACAAUCUUGCGUGAUCCAGCUGCUGCCGCUGCACUGUCUUUUUGGUGGUUCUAAGAUCUACAGCUCUCAAAGAUCGGAAAUUUUGCAGAAUCAAGAGGGAGCAAUUUCAAGGUCCAGAGAUAACAAGGUG